AUGAUAACUAUCGCCUUGGAGAGCUUCACGGAUGUUUCAUGGCUGGAUCCCCUCCAAGUCGUUCCAUCGAUUUGGGAGAAAGCCCGGUUGCCUGCACUCUUGUAUUGCAUCUAUUGUUCGGCGUCUGGACUCUACCUGGUAUCGCUCCUUGCUCUCUCGAAAGCCAGGUCUCAACUUGAUUGCUAUGAGCAGACGAUAGUCGACGGGUUUGACGGGUUUGACGGCAUUGCUCAAACGAGGAACACCAGAUAUUCUACAGCCACCUUUCCGGACGCCUUUACGGCUACUAGCACCGUCGACACAAUCUUCGUAUGUGCGAAAGACCGGUCGGAAAACAAGCAGAGCUGGCUCCUAGUGCAGUCCUUGGAGGCACAAUCAUCAAGCGACAAAGUUGUUCCCUUCUUCCCAUCCGAAGACUCCAAGUUACGUGCCACCAGUCUCAACAUCCGACGUGGAGGCAACUGUCCCAACUCUCUUCAGGUCUUAGAACAAUUACUCUCCGAGCGCGACACCCUCCAGCUACAUCUGGUAUCACCCCUUCCCGCUACUGGCUCGUCCGCAACACAGCGUGUUAUAUCGUCGUUCGGUGAGCAGUCGAACAUUGACUUCAGCCACUGCGUUUAUCGUGAGGAGAGUACGGAGGCGGCAAGCAGUUACAUCAUGCGUAGCGAGGCAUCAGGUAGUCGCACGCUUGUCAACUACAAUGACUUAUUGGAAAUGACUGAAGACGAGUUUGGCAACAUCGCACGAGGCUUCAACCCGGACCAGGAGACAUGGUGGCAUUUUGAGGGCCGAAUCCCGGAUACCAUACAGAGCUGUAUCCGUCUCCUGCGUAACGCACUACCAAAAGCGACAAUCAGUGUCGAAAUUGAGAAGCCUGGUAGAGAGGGCCUCCCUGAGCUGGCGGCAGAAGCGGAUGUUGUCUUCUAUUCGCGAAGUUGGGCUGAGAGUCGAGGACACAAGACUCCGGAACAAUGCUUGAGAGCUGAAGGGCAUCAAAAGGCUGCCGUGGGAGCGGGUGACACUUUCAUAGCCGGAAUGCUGUACGGACUGAUCUGUCACCCUGACGACUGGACCAUGGGAGCGAAGCUGGGUUUCGCUGUUCGACUGGCUACGGUCAAAGUGCAGCGGGAGGGGUUCGAUGGACUCGGAAGAGACAUGCUUGAAACGGAGAUUGGAGGCGUUUGA